AUGAAUGUUAUCUGUUGGAAUUGUCGGGGUGCCGGUAGUAAAUUUUUCCACUCUCUUAUUAGAGACCUCAGAAAAGAAUACAGUGUUAAUUUCAUUAUUCUGUUAGAGCCUCAGAUAAGUGGGUCACGUGGCUUUUGGAUUAGGAAUAAUAUAGGGUUUGAUAGCUCUUUUAAUGGCAGAUCUGGUGGGAUCUGGUGCCUCUGGGAUUCUGGUACUUGGAAGAUUGAUGUCCUGGAUCAUAAUAGCCAGAUGGUGCAUCUCAAGGUUGUUGGUGGCAACUCGACCCCCUGGCUCCUAUCUGCGGUGUAUGGUAGCCCCCAUCGCGUUAACACAAGAAUCCUUUGGAGUAAGUUGCGAUCCCUGGCGGGUAAUAUUACCAUUCCUUGGUGUCUUCUAGGUGAUUUCAAUGCUAAGCUCCACGAUUAUGAACGAAGGGGAGGCUCUACUAAUGUUGUUCAUAGUGCUUGUCCUGAUUUCCAGAGUUGUAUCUCAGACUGUGGGCUUAUUGAUCUGGGUUUUGUGGGUUGGCCAUUUACUUGGAGAAGAGGUAACAUUGUUGAGAGAUUGGAUAGAGGGUUGAGCAAUUUGGAGUGGCAAUUAGCGUUCCCUGAGGGAACCCUGAGGCAUUUGCCCAAUUUUAAUUUUGAUCACUCUCCUAUUUGUCUGCAACCACACGUUGCUUCCUUUCAAAAUAGGAAUUAG